GGCUCCAGAGGGGCUAACGCUGAGCCAAAACUAGGCCUCUGGACUGCAGCAAUGAGGAAGCCUCGGAGGAGGUCCCGGCAGAACUUGGAGGGGAGGCGUUCUCCCUCGCCCUACAGCCUCAAGUGCUCACCGACUCGGGAGACCCUGACAUAUGCUCAGGCCCAGCGGAUCGUGGAGGUAGACAUCGAUGGGCGGCUUCAUCGCAUCAGCAUCUAUGAUCCUUUAAAAAUCAUCACAGAGGACGAGCUGACUGCCCAGGACAUCACAGAGUGCAACAGCAACAAGGAAAACAGCGAGCAGCCCCUUUUCCCUUCCAAAUCUAAGAAAACACCUUCCAAAGGCAAGAAGAAAGAACCCUGCUCCAAACAUGCACCAGGGAUGUCCUUACACUUACCCCAGCCCAACUUCCGCGUGGUGGACUUCUGCAGCCAGCCAGAUGCUCCUCCCCUCCCUGCCGCCUACUACCGGUACAUUGAAAAGCCUCCUGAGGACCUCGAUGUAGAGGUGGAGUAUGACAUGGAUGAGGAGGACCUGGCCUGGCUGGAAAUGGUGAACGAGAAGAGAAGGGAUGAUGGUUAUGGGACAGUUUCUGCUGACGUUUUUGAGCUGCUGGUGGACCGAUUGGAAAAGGAGUCAUACCUUGAGAGCCGGAACAAUGGGGCUCAGCAGUCCUUCAUCGAUGAGGAUGCCUUCUGCUGUGUCUGCAUGGAUGAUGAGUGUCACAACAGCAACGUCAUCCUGUUCUGUGAUAUCUGCAAUCUGGCCGUGCACCAGGAGUGUUAUGGCGUGCCCUAUAUCCCUGAGGGGCAGUGGCUUUGCCGCUGCUGCUUACAGUCCCCUUCUCGCCCUGUGGAUUGUGUCCUUUGCCCAAACAAAGGUGGAGCCUUCAAGCAGACCAGUGAUGGCCGCUGGGCCCAUGUGGUCUGUGCCAUCUGGAUCCCAGAGGUCUGCUUUGCAAACACUGUGUUCCUGGAGCCUAUUGAAGGGAUAAAUGACAUCCCCCCAGCUCGGUGGAAGCUCACAUGCUAUAUCUGCAAGCAGAAGGGCAUGGGAGCUGCUAUCCAAUGCCACAAGGUGAACUGUUACACUGCCUUCCAUGUCACCUGUGCCCAGCGGGCUGGUCUCUUCAUGAAGAUCGAACCCAUGAGGGAGACCAGCAUCAACGGCACAACGUUCACUGUGCGCAAGACUGCCUAUUGUGAGAGUCAUUCCCCACCUGGGACAGUGAAAAAAGGGACUCCAGCUGCUAGUGGUGAGGGGCAGGAGGACACUGUGAAGGAGGAGGGAGAGGAGGAAGCCAAUUCUGGCCCUCCCAAAGGGUCUCUGAAAAAGAACCAAGUGAAAUUGAAGCAGAAGAUCAAAAAGGAGCCUGGUGACGUGACCAACGGGCGUUCGUCUGUGCCCAUGGUGACAGUUGCACAAAUUCCCUCUUACAGGCUGAACAAAAUCUGCAGCGGCCUCUCCCUCCAAAGGAAGAACCAGUUCAUGCAGAGGCUCCACAACUACUGGCUGCUGAAGCGGCAGGCGAGGAACGGGGUGCCACUGAUCCGGCGCCUGCACUCACACCUCCAGUCCCAGAGGAACGCGGAGCAGAAGGAGCAGGAUGAGAAGACCAGUGCAGUGAAGGAAGAGCUGAAGUACUGGCAAAAACUGCGGCAUGACUUGGAGCGGGCACGGCUGCUCAUCGAGCUGAUCCGUAAGAGGGAAAAACUCAAACGGGAGCAGGUAGGUAUGUAAGAGAUCAAACUGGUACUACAACUUACACCACUCACNNNACUUCUACGCACAACACUGGACCUGCUGCAGGAGAAGGAUGCUGCCCAGAUCUUUGCAGAGCCUGUUAACCUGAACGAGGUUCCAGAUUACCUGGAAUUCAUUUCCAACCCAAUGGAUUUUUCCACCAUGAGGCGGAAGCUGGAGUCCCACCUGUACCGAACAUUGGAUGAGUUUGAGGAAGACUUUAACCUUAUAGUUACCAACUGCAUGAGGUAUAAUGCUAAAGACACGAUUUUCCACCGAGCAGCUGUCCGGCUCAGAGACCUCGGAGGAGCGAUAUUGCGUCAUGCACGGCGGCAGGCUGAAAACAUUGGCUUUGACACUGAUGUGGGGAUUCACCUGCCCGAGUCACCCAAAACCGAGGACUUUUACCGCUUUUCUUGGGAGGAUGUGGAUAACAUCCUCCUGCCGGAGAACCGAGCUCACCUCUCCUUGGAGGCCCAGCUGAAGGAGCUGCUGGAGAAGCUAGACAUGGUGAGCACCAUGCGGUCCAGCGGUGCUCGGACACGACGCAUCCGGCUCCUGAGACGGGAGAUCAACUCCAUUCGGCAGAAGCUGGCCCAGCAGCAGAACAAGACCAUGUCCAACGGGGAGCCUGUGCCGCAGGAAGAGGAGCUGGAUAAAUCAUCAAGGGAAGGCGACGAGGAAGGGGAUAAAGCAGAUGAUGCCAAGCCCCCGCACCCUCCAACCCUGGAGCCCACAGGACCCGCACCCUCCCUCUCAGAGCUGGACUCUCUGCAGGACCCUCCGACGCUCAAACCCAUCAGUGAAAGCAAGUCCUUGAAUCAGCUGCAGAAGAAAGUGAUGUCGGACAGGGAGCUCUUCGACAAGAAGGCGCUGCAGCGGGAGAGCCAAGCCUUCCAGCGCCUGCUCAGCGAUAACGGCCUCAACGGACUGGCCUUGCCGCCUGCAGACACCCCUGCCAGUCCCCCUUUCAGUGGCGUGGGCCGACGGACAUCUGUCCUUUUUAAAAAAGCUAAGAACGGGGUGAAGCUGCAAAGAGGCCUGGACUGCUCCCUGGAGAAUGGGGAGGACCACGGGCAGAGCGGGCAGCUUUCGCCCUCCCACCCUGGCGGGGAACGACAAGCUCGGAAGCGGCCGCAGAGCAGGACCUGCAGCGAGAGCAAUGGAGAGAAGACGCCUAGGCAGGCAGGACAGAGAGGAGUGACUAACGGCUUUGCGAAGCACGCAGAAAGCGGAUCUGACUCUGAGUGCAGCUCUGGCCUGGGCAGUGGACUGGUGUUUGAAGCCUGCAGUGGUUUGGUGCCUCCCAAGCGAAGUCGAGGGAAGCCAGCUCUUUCUCGGGUGCCCUUCUUGGAAGGUGUGAACGGAGACUCUGAUUACGGCAGCUCAGGCAGGACUCUCCUGAUGUCCUUUGAGAGUCAGACUGAGCUGGAGCCCUUGGAGCUCGUGUGGGCCAAGUGCCGUGGCUAUCCUUCCUACCCUGCCUUGAUAAUCGAUCCCAAGAUGCCGCGUGAGGGUUUGCUCCAUAAUGGAGUCCCCAUCCCAGUCCCACCCGUGGAUGUGUUGAAGUUGGGGGAGCAGAGGCAGACAGAGGCAGGAGAAAAGCUCUUCCUUGUCCUUUUCUUUGACAACAAGAGAACCUGGCAGUGGCUUCCGCGUGACAAAGUCUAUCCCCUCGGCGUGGACGACACAGUGGACAAGUUGAAGAUGAUGGAAGGCCGAAAAACCAGCAUCCGCAAGUCUGUGCAGGUGGCCUACGACCGAGCCAUGAUUCACAUGAGCCGCGUGCGGGGAGAUCAUCCCUUCAUUACGUCCAAUUAUCUGUAA